UUCAUUCCACGAUGAAAUUAGAGAAAUGCAACACAACAAAGCAGUCUCAAAACGUUCGCCCAUUCGUUUGUUGACUCCGUUCAUAGACCCUGAGGGAAUCAUUCGAGUAGGGGGGAGACUGAGGCUUUCAGACCAGCCAUUCCUUGUCAAACAUCCUGCAUUACUGCCAAAUAACCAUCCUAUAUCCCGGCUUGUUGCUAAAUCCUUCCACCUAAUGCUCAUUCACGGUGGCGGCCGCGUAACUCUGGCUGCCAUGCGAGAGAAAUAUUGGCCAGUGCACGGUCGACGACUUGUCCAAAGUGUCAUUCGCAGCUGCUACCGAUGUGCCCGAGCCGAUCCCGCAACGACAGCCCAGCAGAUUGGACAGCUUCCUUUACAUCGAAUCACGCCCAGUCGACCGUUUGCCAUUUCUGGAGUCGAUUACGCUGGACCCGUGUAUCUGAAGCCGAUACAUAAACGAGCCGCUGCAAUGAAAGCAUAUAUUUGCAUCUUCGUCUGCUUCUGCACCAAGGCGGUGCAUAUCGAGCUGGUGAGUGACUUGUCGACGCAGGCCUUCCUUUCCGCACUUCGCCGUUUCAUCGCUCGCCGAGGACAUCCUUCCGCAAUAUACUCGGACAACGGGAAAAAUUUUGAAGGCGCCGCCAAUGAGCUGGAAGAGGUAUACCGAAUGCUGCAGGACGAAACUCAGAUAAACCAGAUCACGUCUGACACCACUUGCGAAAGAAUUACAUGGCACUUUAGUCCACCGAAAGCACCACACUUCGGAGGGCUUUGGGAGGCGGCGGUAAAGGUGGCCAAGCGCCAGCUGUACCGACAACUCGGAAACUCUAAGUUGUCCUUCGAGGAUCUGACCACCGUGCUGAUGCAGAUAGAGGCGAGCAUGAACUCGCGGCCCAUCGUUCCGUUGAGCGAGGAUCCAAACGACUUAGCUGCAAUAACUCCGGCUCAUUUUUUAAUCGGGAGUACUAUGCACUCUUUAGCAGAACCGAAUCUUUGCGGAAUAUCACUAAAUCGACUAGACCACUACCAACGUCUUCAGCGCACAUACCAGCAAUUCUGGCAUCACUGGAGGACAGAGUAUCUGCAAGAGUUACAACGGGACACCAAAACUUGUAAACCUAACACCGACGUACGGCCAGGAAGAUUAGUUGUUCUGAUGGACGAGAUGCAGAUCCCGGUGAAGUGGCCGCUUGCCAGAAUAAUUGCCAUUCAUCCCGGGCAAGACGAUCUAGUGCGAGUCGUAACACUGCGUACCAAUCGAGGAAUCAUCAAGAGGCCAAUCACCAAGAUCUGCUUGCUUCCGCUGGAAGAAAGGGAUGCCGAGCUACCUCACGGAGGCGAUCAACCCACAACCCACCCUGCGGAAACCCAAAAGGAUCACACUGGAGAAGAACUCUAAAUUUAUUAUACUUGAAUUUUUUUUAUAUAACAUUGUAAUAUCUAUAAUUAGUAACCAUUAGGAAAUUUGAAAUCUAUAUUUCAAGGUGGCGGCGAUGUUGCAACACUGAUGCCACAGAUCAAUGUUGCGCUGUGCUAUAAAAAUGAUCGUUCGACUGAGUGGACGAGCCCAAUCACUUACAGACGCGAAACCACUUGCACCACCACAAGCGCGCAAUGUAAGUGAUAAGGUUCUAUCACUUCUGCUGCCCACCAUCUCGAUCAGUUCUGUUAGUACCAUCGAGUCGAUCACACGUUUGUUGUACUGAACAGGUUUAGUUAGAGGCUAGUGAAAUAUAUAUAUCUAAACCAUCAAUUAAAGUUUUUGGCGAGCAAGUAAAUUGCCUUGUUAUUAGUGAGGUUUGAUGUGACAUCUGGACAUCCGAAACCCUGCUUGCUGUUCGUCAAUCGAAAAACUCGGCUUGGGCUAUUUUUUACUCACCGAUGAAUAGCCGCAUGUGCUACUGCUGGUUGAUCAAUUUAAUUGCAUGAUUGCCCGUACCGUCGUUCUAUCAACCAUCCCUGGUAUUUCCCAGCCUAUUUCGAUCCGGUCACAACAAUAACUAUCUUAAUGUGAUUUGUACCAAAUCUGCUCACUGACGAAUGCGAACGGGAGGAUCGUCGAUCUUGUAUCGUAAACAACACGGAUGACGCAGAGCUGCUUGAACCUCUAACUGCUAUUCUCAAAGACGAUCCUUACCACAAACCUGCAAUUAGA